CUACUCCUAUAAGCACCACAUAAAAUCACAAGAAAGUCUGCAGCCUUGUUAACUCGAGAAGAAUUGGCUAAAGAGAUCCACUAACAAGUUUCUGUUGAAUACUACACUUCAACUCAAGAAAACCACAGCCUCUUUCUCUUUCUCCCUCUUUGUCCUCCAUGACAGAGCCAUCAUCUGUGAUCCAAAUUGCAAAUAACCAUCAUUCAGAACCGAAAGAAUUGGAUGGGUCGACCACAUCAAAGGGCACUACCGCCAGCCAAAGCUCGAGAAGCCAGACGCCACCGGUGAUGGACAAGACCCUGUCGAGUGUUGCGAACCUUGCGCAGCUCCUCCCGACCGGCACCGUCCUCGCCUUCCAAGCUCUCUCCCCUUCCUUCUCCAACCAUGGCAUCUGCUACACUUCCAACAGGUGCAUCACCUUGGUGUUACUUAUCCUUUGCACCAUCUCUUGUAUCUUCUUCUCCUUCACUGAUAGUUUCAAAGGGACCAACGGGAAGUUAUACUAUGGCAUGGCCACGCCCAAAGGCUUCAUUGUUUUCAACUACCAGCCUUCUGAUGGGAAGGUGUUCACGAAUUUGUGGAGGUUUCGAAUACGGUGGUUGGACUACGUCCACGCCAUGUUCUCGGUGGUGGUGUUCUUGACUCUAGCCUUCAGUGAUACCAAUAUACAGCACUGCUUCUUUCCAAAUUCCGGGGCAAACACAAAGCAAAUCCUCCAGAAUUUGCCGCUGGGUGCCGGGUUCUUGUCGAGCAUGGUGUUCUUGAUCUUUCCAACUACUCGGAAGGGGAUUGGAUAUUCGGACAUGACGCCUUAUCGACAAUAAGCUGUUUUGGGUUAUCAUGUUCGGAUGCCUUUUCAAAUAGAUGUUGUGAAACUUAGAGGAUUUUUUUACAUGGGAUUAUUUGGGCAGCUUUGAUUGGGACAAAAAUGAUGUUUUAGUGUAUUUAUUGAGAAAGUUUAAUGUUAAGUGACUCCAACUAAAGGGUUUCACAAA